UUAUGCAUCCGAAUGCCAAUCUCUGCAGGAGGAGGUUCAAAUGCAACUGUUUGAGAACAUGGGCGAAUACGGCUACGAGCAACUGGUUAUGUGUUCCGAUCCCGCCUCCGGGCUUAAGGCGAUAAUUGCUAUUCACGAUACUACCCUGGGUCCGGCUUGCGGUGGCACGAGGAUUUGGCCCUACGCCACCGAAAAAGAGGCCAUACAGGACGCCUUGCGCCUGGGGCGAGCCAUGACCUACAAGUCGGCCACGGCCGGGCUUUCCCUGGGCGGAGGAAAGGGCGUAAUAAUCGCUGACCCCAACACUCAAAAGACCGAGGCGCUGCUCCGGGCCUACGGGCGGUUUGUCGACACUCUGGGUGGCCGCUAUCUGACCACGACCGACGUUGGCAGCACGGGUCGGGACCUGGAGUUUAUUAGCCAGGAAACGGAAUACGUGGUGGGAUUGCCCAUUCCGCUGGGCGGCAGCGGCGAUACCUCUAUCAUGACCGGCCUCGGGGUUUACAUGGGAAUGAAGGCUUGCGCCCGGCAAACCUGGGGUAGCGACUCCCUAAGGGGCAAGCGGGUGGCGAUGCAGGGCUUCGGCAAGGUGGCCUACCACACUGCUCAGCACCUGCUUGAAGAGGACGCUGAACUUUUCGUAACCGAUGUUUACGACGGGGCCCUGAACAAAGCACGAGAUAUGGGGGUCGAGGUCGUUUCAACGGAUGAUAUCUACAACAUCCCUUGCGACAUUUUCUCUCCCUGCGCCUUGGGUGGUGUUUUGAAUGGUGACACGAUUCCCAGGCUGUCCUGUCAGAUCGUGGCCGGCGGGGCCAACAACCAGUUGUUGACCGAUGCCGACGGAGAAGACCUGCACCGGCGAGGCAUUCUUUACGCACCCGAUUACCUGAUCAACGCUGGAGGCAUCAUAAAUGUUUCCGCCGAGGUCGGUAUGGCCUACAGCCCGGAUGUGGCCAGGGAAAAGACGGAACGCAUCUACGAGAUUAUGGAGCAGGUGAUUCACACUUCCAGGAGGGAGGAAAUUCCUACCUUCAUGGCUGCCGACCGACUGGCGGAAGACAGGCUGGCCUCGGUGCGCGGCGUAAGGCACAUGCGCCGGGCCCGAUAG